UGUAAAUACGUUACUUGUAUUUAAUGGGAGUUUAUAACAUGUGUAACUCAUGGUUUACUUAAUACUUUUGUUUUAGGUUAUUAUACUAUAUAUUUUUGAAGACAGUUAUCCACCAACUUAAUGGAUUAUAAUGACUGUGCAGAAAUGUAAAAAAAAGAAUGGAUUGACACAUUCCACAAAAUAUUCUCGGGCCCGUGCUUUUUUCAAUCUGAAUGAAAAAUGACAUUAUUUACUAUAUUUGCACUGGUUUUGUUAUUCCUUAUACCAACUGAUGGCGUUGAACUGAAGAAAGAUGACCUGGACAGGUAUGUCACAAUGUUGAAGGAACGCCUUGAUAGCCAUGUGGAGAGGCUGCUGGAUGUUAGCGGGAUUGAAAAGAUGAUAGCCCAGUAUGAAACCAACGUCGCUGAAGUACCAGUGAAUGUCACGAGGGAAUUUGAGGAAAUCUUCGAGAAAGUGACUGUUAAGUACAAUGAUUUGGUAAUUGUAGCAAACUCUUUGAAGAAAUAUUUGGAGGGGAUGGAGCCACUGGUGCCACCGUUGCCUAGGAGACUGAGACAUGCUGAUACACUAAAUGGUCAUGAAAAUGAUCCAGAAAAAGACGAUACUAGUGUCAGAGAAGGAUUAAAGGAUACUGCUGUUGCUUUAAAUAGUCCCGAAAAUGAUCAAGAAAAAGAUGGCUCUAAUAUCAGAGAAGGAUUAAAGGGUACUGCUGAUGCUUUAUAUAGUCCUGAAAAUGACCUAGAAAAAAAAGGUUCUAGUAUCAGAGAAGUAUUAAUGGAUACUGCUGAUGGCCGAAAUGAACAUGAUGACAUGCAUAAGGAUUUAUCAACUACGAUUGUUGAUGAGAUAUCAUUGCAGAUUCAAAAAGGCAGCUUUUCACAAAAUAUAGAUGAAGUGAGGUCUGAAAAUGAAAGUCCAAGGGAACUGCCACCAUUUUCCAAAUUAAAAUCUGACACAAAAAUGAGGCUAAAACGAUCUUCACUUGAACUUGAACCACCCAUUAGAGAGCCACCUAAAACUGCAGAAGGAAGCUUAAAGCACUGUUGCCAGUUCUCAAUUAAAGGGAAGUACAGUGGGAAAGUCAGAGAGGAAAUACUGCAAGAGCCAUGUGGGGUUAACGUGUCAUAUUUUCGUUCACUGCCUGACAAACUUCAAGGAUUACAAAAACAAUUUCAGGAUAACUAUGACAGAAUUAGUGUGUUGGGAUGGCAGUACUUCAUAGAAGCGGACGGUGGUUACAUCCAGUACCCAGCCAACACCAGGCACUGCAUAGGACAGGACAACAACAACUUUGACAGCGUGCCUUGGCUGAUAGAAAAACAUCACAUGGAAAGAAAAAAUCUGGUGAUCAUAAUGGGAGACACUGUGGAUCCCAUUGUCAUGGCAACAAGAAAUGUUCUCAACACCCUCACCAGCAGUGAUAAGUUUUAUUUGGCGGAUUCCUAUGCUGAUGAGGAUAAUGAAACUGAAAGAUACUGUUUGAAAGCAUACAACCAGAGGAUACGACAGAACCUAGAAUUCUUUCUUGAUCUAGGAUCCAAAAAGCCUCGAGUUCCGUUCAACUUACAUUCUGCUUUGGAAAAGGUUUACACAGUGUUUCAGAAGGCAAAAAACAGAACACAGAGCUCUUUCAAGCAAAGCAACCUGGUUCUACUGUUGUUGAGUGGAAACACAUCUUAUACUGGGACAGAUCAACACCGUGUUCUUACUUCCAUACUUCAAAAUCAACAAAGACUAGAGAACAGUGUGCAGCACUUUGUGUAUUGGACAGGAGCGCAAGAUCCCCAGCUGACCGAGCUGCUGGCCCAGGUGGCUGACCAGAACAAUGGCAAGCUGAAUGAGACUGGACAGAUUGCAGCUCAACCCUGGCCCAUGGAGAUAGUGAAUGGUACCGUGGGCAAGGAAGGCAUAUUUGAGGUGGUACAGGAAGAUCAGUUUGCAGAUACCGUGGGGAAAUACUUCAAGCGUCUGCCACCACAGAUAGACACACAACUCACCACGAUGCUCUCUCUUAGCCUUGAUGACACACCCCCCAGUCUCAGUGUCACAGUGCCCGUGUACAAUGAGACAGAUAAGCCUCCCAUAGGCUUGGUGGGGGCAGACGGCUACCUGGCAGACAUCUUCUCAGACAUUGUGGAGUUCGAUGUUGGCCACAAGAGUUAUGCUUAUCUUCUGGACGCUGAUGCUGAAAAACUGUUGAUCCAUCCCAAGAUGGGUGAUCCAAACCGUCCCAUGUCCCUGCAGCCCUUGUUCAGAUUCGUGGAAGACGGCCUGAAUGACACAGAGAAGCUUUCAAUACUGACAGCAUCUGUGGAGACUAGGCAUUUCAUUACAUGGCUACCAGGUAUAAGCCUGUAUGUUGAGGGCGAAUUGGUUCCCAGUGAAGACUUCCAGGGGAUAUACAAUGCCUCUCACAAACUGGAACCAGCCACUGUGUAUUACAGGAAGCUAUAUGGAACCAGUCUAGUUGUGGUCCUUGUGCACUUCCUUUCGGAAUCUACCCGUGAUGUUUUUCAGAAAACUGUUAUAAAUCAGAAUCUUAAUGGGGUCUACCACAGACUGGACUCCAUGUUUGGUUCUCCAUACGACAACGUUCUAACAGCAGACCAACUUUGUCAUCUGGAUGGUCACUUUCUGUCCUACAAAAAAUCAGUUGUCAAGCUUUCUCCAUUUGUGUUUAAAGACCCGAAUGUGUACAAGUUUUCUCAAGAAGAUACCAAUGCAGUUAGGAAGCUUAAUGACUUCAUUACCAAGGGAACUUCAACAGAUCUCAUUAAACCAGAGAAAAGGUCCAUGAUCCUUCAUACAUUGCUGGCCACAGAUUCACUGGAUGCUUUAUGGGAAAACACAAGCAAGGAAGUCAUUGAACGAUUUUAUGGGUCGGAGACCGGAGUGUUUCGGAUGUAUCCUGGCUCCCCCAUGUUGAACACGUUUGAUCACAGACAGACCAAGUGGUACAAAAGAAGCCUCAUGCUCCCUCAUAGUACUCACUAUCACAUUGACAAGCUGAGUUUCAUCAGCCGCCAAGAAGCAGUUAUAAUAACGCGAGGCGUAAUAAACACACAGGGGAAGGUGGUAGGUGUUGCCGGCAUGACUGUAUCCAAGCGUUUCCUCACUUCACAGCUGAGCCAUGCAACAGAGUGUUUUGGAGAUGACUAUGUUUGUCACUUGAUGGAUCCUUCUGGUAACAUUAUGGACAGUUUUCCCUACUCUGAAGCCAGCAACCCUGAAUCUUUCUUGACACAAGACAAUUCAUCUCUGGCCCAGGCACUAUUCUGUGCAAGCUUCACAGGUGGCUAUGCAAAGAGAAUAUUUAAUUUGCGCGCAACCACAGACUUGCAUCCUGAUCCCGCACGUUGGAUUUUUGUGGAAAACAUUCCAAACAGCAACCUGUUCCUCCUUGUAAAGAAAAAAGUGCAAAACAAUAUACAGACGUCUUCUGAUGACAAAUUAAGCUGUUAUGGAUGCAGAAACAGUAUGCAGGUCCCUGGUGACAACAGUAGAGUGUUCAAUCUCACCGGCCUACCUGUAUGUGAUUACAAAGGUGAAUCGCCCAGCUGCCACGUGCAUUGCUACACAAGCGUAUGUGCACAGGACUUGCCAUACAUUGCUGAUCUCUCAUGCAACGAACAUCUUGAGAAAGAUCCCAUCUAUAAUCUUGUCAAUAAUGGUCUCAUCGGAACCUGCUAUACGGACCCAAUAGCUGACAUGCAAUUUCUGCCUAAUGCACCUGGGCCAAAUGACCAGCUGGACAAAUGUCCAAUCCCUUGUGCGGCUAUAGAUGACAUGGACAUUUGUCAAGCACUGAUCCACUGCGAGGCCAGCACAGAUACAUACCCAAGCUGUGUAUGGAAAGACAACCCUGUCAAUAUUUCUCGCUACCUGCCAAGCAUUGUUGCUGUUCCAACAGUCUUGCCCCAGACAUCCCAUGUGACAGGCAAGCUGACCUCUCAGGAUUACUCUCUGAUAAGCCCCUUGAGGUCGGAUAACAACAGCCCUGUAGUCACCAACAACACAGGUGCCAGUAGUUCAUCCGCUUCAUCAACAUCAGCUGUGUCUUUGUCUUCUGUAUCAACAUCAACUGUGUCUUCUGCUAGUUUAUCUACAUCACCUUUAUCUUCUGCUACUGUAUCAACAGUUGUAUCCUCUGCUUCUGUAUCAACAGUUGCAUCUUCUGCUACUGUAUCAACUGUUGCAUCUUCUUCUACUGUAUCAACACUGAAACCACCAGCUGUAUCUGUCAUGACUGCUGCAACGGUGCUCACUGCAGCUGCUGCUGCUUCCUCUCCUGUUGUACCAUUACAGACAUCAGAACAAUCGUCUACCAAAUCAACUGGAUCACAGAGCACUUCAACAGUUCCAGUGAUAAAUACCAAGAAUCUACCCAUAGCUGCCACUGAUAUCCAAACAACUUCACAGCCUGCUAGUCGGGCAGUUACAACAACCAAACAGGCAUCCCCAUCCACAACAUGGACCCGGUCAUUAUUUCCCUCAAAGCCUAGUACUAUUAUUGACCUGGCACCAUCCUCUGCAUCUGGUCGCGUCGACACUGUGGGAGGCCCCACGGAUAGUUCAGGCAUGAGCCCGGGUAGUGUGGUUGCCUUGGUGAUAGGGCUAAUAGUGGCAGCUGGGCUUGUCACUAUAGUGGGGGUGAAGCUCUACCAGAGGAAAUACAGCACAGGGGCUGGAAAGUACGACCGUCGAGGCAGCUCGUUUAGCAGUGUUCUGUUCAGCCGUAACAAAGACAGUGUUACUAUAGAGACCCCAGAUUCCAGGACUCCAUAUCAGGAGCUCUCAAACUGAGUCCUUUGACGCUUAUUUAUAAUAUAUUUGUGAAUUAUUUAAUGAUGGUUUUAGAGUUUUGAUGAAACUUUGAAUCUACUUAUGCUGAAAGGCUUAUAGCCGUUGGAAAGUUAUUCCGUCCGUCAGUGGUUACUCGUAGAUGACACGUUUCAUAUAACAUCAAAACUGCUUGUUACAAAGCUUUUAUACUUUCUUGGAUAUUAUAUUUUAACUCUCUAAACUCAAUUCAUAUGACCUUGUUUUGACCUUGCAAAUGAACUCAUUUUGGCUAAUUCAGAAGGUUCAAAUUCUUUGUUUAUACAUUGAAGCAUUUUGUCUAAACAUCAAUACAGUAUGCUACAAUGCUUUUAUACUUUCAGGAAUGUAAUCUAUUAAACCCAACACACCCAUAUCACCAUAAUCUCAUUUUGACCUUCACAUUGACCUACUUUUGGAAUUCUUCAGAAGGUCCGAAUUUUGGUAAGCCCCCAAAACCCAAAAUGAUGCCUUUUGUUUAACAUCAAUAAUGCUUCCUACAAACCUUUUAUACUUACAUGGAUGAUGUAUUUGAAAACUAUAGCAACUUAUUUAGAAGGUUAUAACAUAAAAAAUCCUUGAUUUUAAUAAAAGCUUUUAUGCUUGUAUGGAUGUUAUCACGCCCUCAACUGACCUGCUUUGACCAUGAUAUUGACCUACUUUUAGGCUUAUUCAGAAGGUCAACAUUCUGUGUGAACCCAAAUGGAUUUUUCGAGUAACAUCAAGACUACUAUAAAGCUUUUAUACUUUCAUCCAACAGACAGCACACUCACUCCACCAGACCUCGCUUUGACCUUGACAUUAACCUAAUUUUGGACUAAGAGUCAUUCACAUGGGCCAAAGAAUUGAUACUGACAAGGCCUCUGGCGCGGGACAUCAGCAUUUAUUGAACACAUCAUUGUGUUUCAUGUUGGCUAACUAAACUUAGUUAGCCUCAUUUAUUUAAGUCAGAAAUAAUAUUGAACAAUAUUCUGUUUGAUUUAAAAUAGCCUCAAUAUUGAUCCAAUGAAACGCUUGAUUGCAUCCAUUUUGUGUAUCAUACUGAUUUGCAGCUUUUAUUCUAGAUAAUUUAUGACAUUGGGUAAAUCCUUAUUUUGUUAGGCUGGUGAUGACUGAGUGGGGAUGUACAUUAAUAUUAUGUAACCUUAUCUAUCUGACUAGUUUUUCCUUUUUUGUGCAACUAUUGUAAUUGAUUAAGAUUUUUGGAUGGUUUGUUUACUCACAUCCUAUUGUAUUGCAAUUUGAUAUUUUCAAUAUCAUAGACAAAUUAAAAUGUAUCAAAGAUCACAGAGUAUUGAAGAUUGUAGAAAAGUGAAGAGUAUUUGUUGGUACUUUAAUUAAUAUAAAAAACACACAAAUAUUUGAACUACAUGUUGACUUGCAUGAAAUCAUCACAGUUGUUUCCCUUGGAAAACUUUGUCAAUCCCCUUGAAGUAAGUUUGAUGUCAUGUUUGCCUGGUUAAGUGUAUGUUGGCCUGGUUGAGUGUAUGUUGGCCUGGUUGAGUGUAUGUUUGUCAGGUUGAGUGUUUGUGUGUCCAAUCAUCCGUGCAUGUGAAGACCUGUAACUUCAUCGAUUAUUCAUUAUGAAAUUUUGCAACAAAUGUUCAUUAUGAAGAUACAUUGCUUGUUAGACCGGUAUUCUUAGCUUAAAUGGCAAGGAGACUCUUUAAAGUCGCAGUUUAAAUGUGUACAUGGUAAAUCUUUUAUGUUUCUAAAAUGAUAAUUGGUCAACAUAAAACGAUAACAGGAUGCAGGAUCACAUGACUUUGUGGGGUUCCCUCUUUUAACUUUAACGGAUGUAUACACGACGGUAAGUGGUGCCUUAUUUCAAAUAACUUUAAAACAAUUUUUCUAAAGAAUUUCAACUGGUGUGUAAUGUUUUAUGUUUAUUAGGGCAAUGUGAAAUACAUCAGAGUUACUUUAUUUAAUUAGCCUGUGUACUUGUUCAAAAAUUCCAUUUGUACUGCAUUUAUUGUACACGGUUAUGCUUCACGCAACGUGAAAUUGUGCCACCCAUUUCAGACGUAUUCAUGCAAGGAUUUAUUCUUAUACCUUAAGAUAUCGGCACAAACUGCAAGAAAAACUGUCUUUUAUACACUUAAGAUUUUUGCAAAUGUAUUUUUAUAACUCGAGAUAUUUGCCAAAAUAAAGUUCUUAACGGUG